UCAACAUCUGCCUUCUUCAAACCCUUUGUUAUUCAUCUCCUACUCCACUCCAACUCUCCGACAUCCUACAUUUCGAGCCAAUCUUCAAUUUUCCCCCUCUUUCACUCCAACCAAACACCUCUUGCCUCAUUUUUCUAACAUCUUGUAUCCCGUUUUCCUAGCAUCCAAACACCUUGCGUCUUGUUUCUGUUCCUUUAUUGUUAUAAAUUUUAUGAUGGAAAACCCUGCAGAGUGGGCCAAUAAGCGAGUUAGGGAGGAGGACUCAGAUCCUGACUCGGUCGAGUCGAAGCGGAUCCGAGUUGACCCGGACGAGUCGGAUGGGCUGAACUCGCCGGAGGCGAAGUGGAUCCAGGAUGACCUCCUAGAUAUUCUUGAGGACUCGGAUGCUGGUGACCCGGCGAUUCUAGGGCUUGACUCGGUCAUUAGGAGCUUUGAGGAGGAGAUACUUGUGCCGCCGGCGGGUCUGGAGCUGGCGUCGGUUUGCGGCGAUUCGCAGCCGGGGCUAGGGUACCUUUGGGAGGCUUCCGACGACGAGCUGGGCCUGCCGCCGACUGACGGAGCCUCCGGCGAGGAGAAUAAGAUCGAAGCUGCGGAUUUGGAGGCCAAUUCGUCUGGUUUCUUUGGGCAUGGUGGUGACGUAUUCGGAUUUGAUGAUGAGAUUCCGAGUUACGAUUCUUUCGAGUUUGGAAUCGGUGGCGAGUUGGCUAGCCACAGCAACGCCUCGGAGUUUUUGAUGCUGGAUGGACUGUUUGACUAUUCAGAUCAGAGAUACGAACCGGCCGAAUUCUCGGAGUUGUCGUGGCAACAUGAGUCGUUGCCGGCCGUCUAGAUGUUUCGGAAUUUUCGGGUGCCGGAAUAGUGCAGACACAGGGCAUAGGCAGUUUGUAAAUUUUAAGAAAAACAAAUGUGAAUUGAAAACUCAGACAGUAGAAAUUCGUUAUUUAGACCACAAUUAUACCGAUUGCCGAUUGAGAUUUGAGAUGGACUCUUCCUUCCCAAAUAUUCAAAACAAAAAACAUAUCCUAAGUUUGGAGCACGUUAUGGAGGAUAUUAUUCAAUGUCAUUUAAUUCUAAUUUAACAUUGUACUUAUCUUCUACGCUGUUCAACAAA